CCAAUCACCCAAGAUGGAUUUUGAAGAAAAAAAUGAAAGUAAUAUCACUGUCACUUUACAUAAUAGAAACAACACUAUGGCAUAUGGACUGGGACUCCCUUCUUGGGAUGAUUAUAAUGGAAGUAUUCAUGAUAUAAAAUAUUUACUGGUUGGAGUCUACACACUUAUUACUAUUCUAGGACUUCUUGGCAACUUCUUUGUUGUAAUUGCACUGUGUAAAAAUCUAAAACAGAAAUCAAUCAUUAAUUCUCUGAUUGGAAAUUUAGCGUUAUCUGAUAUUUUAAUUCUGUUGUUCUGUUCACCAUUUACACUGACAUAUGUUCUUUUAGACCAGUGGAUCUUUGGGGAGAUCAUGUGUUACAUAGUGCCAUUUGUUCAGUGUGUGUCUGUCAUGGUCUCUAUACUCAUGCUAAUGUCAAUUGCCGUGGUUAGGUAUCAUAUGAUAAGCAAUCCAUUAUCCAAUCAUUUUACCAUAAAUACUGGAUAUUUGCUAAUGGGAACUGUGUGGAUUAUUGGAUUUACUAUUUGCUCACCAUUACCUAUCUUUCAUAAAAUCAUAGACCUAAGUGAAACUGUUCACUUGGAUACCUUAAAAAAUACAUACUUGUGCAUUGAGUCAUGGCCAUCUGACUCUUACAGAAUUGCCUAUACCUUAUCCUUAUUAAUCAUCCAAUAUAUUUUGCCAAUAGUUUGUCUAACAAUCAGCCAUGCCAGUGUUUGCAGAAAAAUAAGUGCUACUGUGCCAAGCAGACAAGGGAGAUCGGAGGAGAAUGAAAUGAUAAAUUUAACCAUACAUCAACCAGCUAACAAACAGUUGCAAGCACAACAGACAAAGGUGCAAGGAUGGAACUAUUCCUUUCUGAGAAAACACAAGAACAGAUAUAGCAAGAAGUGUGCCAGUGUCAUGCCUGUCAUGGGUAAAGUUCAAGACAACGGCAAGACUCAUACUGAUCUCUUACUAAUCCGUGGUUCGGAUAGUACACAGCCACUACCCAGUUCCUUUCUACCAGGUGUACCUGUAUGUUUUGAAGUGAAAGCUAUGGAAUCUGAAGAGCUUGCAGAUUCACAUAAUGUCCCAGUGACACCAAAAUCCAUCACAAGGUUGAGGAAACGAUCACGCAUUGUUUUCUACAAACUGACCAUAGUAAUUGUUGCUUUCACUGUAAGCUGGAUGCCUCUGCAUAUUUUUCACCUUGUAACUGACUUCAAUGCUAAUCUAAUCUCUAACAGGCACUUCAAGCUGGUGUACUGCAUCUGUCACCUGCUGGGUCUGCUGUCCUGUUGCUUGAAUCCUGUGUUGUAUGGAUUCCUGAACAAUGGCAUCAAAUCCAGUUUACAAUCCUUGGUCAAAUGCUUUUGGGUGUAAUAAUAAGAAGCCAAUAUCAGGCCUGGCACCACAGACAAAAGAAAAGGUGAAAGUAAGGACUGAAGAUGCCGGAGAUCAGUGUCGAGGAGUGUGGUGCAGGAAAAGCAUAGCAGGUCAGGCAGCAUCCGAGGAGCAGGAGAAUUGACGUUUUGGGCAUAAGCCCUUCAUCAGGAUGCUGCCUGACCUGUUGUGCUUCUCCAACACCACACACUCUCGAGACAAUAAAAACCACUGAACAUGUUGAUCAGUCAAUAGUGCAGCUUACAUCUGAUCACUAAGUUCAUUCAUACCUGCCCCCAAGUCAUUCUAACUGCUCCCUGAUGUUCUACUCUGAAGGUGUUGUUAAAAUAGCUCAUUGCUUGCCUUACAUUAUUCAAUCUGAAUAGAAAAUAAUUAAAUGUUUCUGCUUUGUACUAUAGUGAAAUUGAACAGGAAAUAAUAAUUGAGUGAUUAUAUGACUUUGUGCAAUUAGUUACUUGUAACUAAUAAAAAUAUUUAUGGUCCUAGCUGUGUUCUUAAAAUGUAUUGAUAAAGGAGUGGAAUUUUUAUCCAUCGAUUCAA